AUGGCGACGACGACCCAUGUCUUGGAGCAGCAGCAGCAGCAGCAGCAGCAGCAGCAGCAGCAGCAGCAGCAGCAGCAGCAGCAGCAGCAGCAGCAGCAGCAGCAGCAGCAGCAGCAACAGCAGCAGCAGCAGCAGCAGCAGCAGCAGCAGGAUAAGUAG